GCCAUAAUGCCCCGCCUACCAAGUUUCUUUACUCUGAAAAGUAUUUUAUGUGCUAGAUCUAAUAGUAAUUACAUCAGCAAAAUGAGUGACAAAAUGAUUUGGGUUGAUCUUGAAAUGACUGGUCUCGACAUCAACAAGUGUACUAUAUUAGAGAUGGCAUGUAUUGUUACUGAUGGAAAUCUUAAAGUUAUUGCAGAAGGCCCUGAUGUGUGUGUACAUCAUCCUGAAUCUGUAUUGACAUCAAUGGAGGAAUGGUCACAGGAUCAUCAUGAAAAAACUGGUCUCAUUAAAUCAUGUAGAGAGUCUAGAUAUUCAAUGAGAGAUGUAGAAAUUAUGAUGCUUGAUUUUGUCAAGGAGCACACAUCACAAGGAUCCUGUCCACUUGCCGGAAACUCUAUUUAUUGUGACAAGAUGUUUCUAAUAAAAUAUAUGCCAGAGUUUACCAGUUAUCUUCACUAUAGGAUAGUUGAUGUUAGCAGCAUAAAAGAGCUCUGCAGGAGGUGGUACGUGAAAGAUUAUGAUCUUGCACCUAAGAAACAAAAUUCACAUAGGGCAUUGGAGGACAUUAAAGAAAGUAUUGAAGAAUUAAAGUAUUACAAAAAUAAAAUUUUCAAAUAGAGAAAUUUAUUAACCAUAGAUCUAUAAUAAUUAUUGUGCUAAAAAUAGUUAAUAAUGGGAUUUACUCUAAAAUAGUCAAUUGACUUUAGUUCAUCA